AUGCUGCAGCAUAAGCUAUCUACUUGCGGCAAUAUUUGUUUGAAAAACAGAACUUUCCUUUCAUGCUUGAGCUUCAUUCCACAUCGUUUAGUUUCACAUGAAUCUCCAACAGUUCCUCAUCAUGUUCAUCCGACUCCGCAUUUAAUACUAACUGAACAACCUCCAUCUUCAUGUAAUAUACUCAUCGCCGGCGGUGGUAUCAUCGGUCAAUCAGUUGCAUACCAUCUCAGUCACAUCGGCGUGAAAGAUAUUGUGCUCGUUGAAAAAGCAAAACUAGCAUCCGGCUCAACAUGGCAGAGUUCUGGUCAAGUGACGCAUUUACAGAAAACAGUAGUGGAAACACAUUUCACAAAAUACUCAAGAGAAUUAUAUGAACAGUUGCAUAGAGAGGGGCAUACCAUUGGUUUCGACGAAAAGGGAAGUUUAUGGGUUGCGCAAACAGCUGAUCGUCUUCAUACAUUAAAACGACAAUAUACUGUUACGAACGCAUUGGGAUUAAAUUGUGAGAUAUUGAGUCAUGAAAAGCUACAAGCCAAAGUGCCCAUUAUCAAUUCACAUGAAGGUGGUCUGUGGAUGCCCAACGAUUUUAUGGUUGAUCCUGUUUCGUUAACUUUAACACUUGCACAGUUGGCAAUAGGCAAAGGUGAAGCUAGUGGAGUUCAAAUCAUCGAAGAUUGUACGGUGGAAGAGAUUCUUACUGAAAAACAAAGUAGUGGUAAGUCGGAUCGUGUCUCAGGUGCGGUUACAUCCAAAGGCAACAUAAAAUGUGAUAUAUUUAUUAAUUGUACUGGAAUAUGGGCACGUGAACUUGGAUUUCAAGCAUCACCAAGUGUACGAAUUCCUACUCAAGCUUGUGAAUACAUCUGUAUGAAAACAAAGCCGAUUGAAAAACUUCCUGAUGAUGUCCCUACAAUACAUAAUCCUGAAGAACGCUUCUAUAUUCAACCAUUAGCCGACCGUAGUGUUCUAAUCGGUGGCUUUCUGAGACAGUCAAAACCUAUUUUUUCAAAUGGAGUCCCGGAUACGUUUCAUUUUUCAUUAUUACCCGAGAAUUGGGAUGAUUUCCACUGGAUAUUGAGCAAUGCAAUCAAACGAUUUCCUAUUCUAGCGGAAAGCCAGUGUGAAACACUAAUAACCGGUGCGGAGAGUUAUACACCCGACGGUCGAUUAAUUAUGAAUGAAUCCGCUGAAAUUGAUAAUUAUUUCGUUGCAUCAGGAGCCAACGGUAAUGGAAUUGCACUCGCAGGCGGGGUGGGCAAAUAUAUUGCUGAACUGAUCUACCAUGGAAAUACGAAUUUAAGCACUUGGCCAGUGGACAUACGACGGUUUAUGCGUUUACAUACGAAUAAACGAUUUCUUGAGGAUCGUCUUCGGGAAAUACCAGGAAAGCAAUAUUCAUUGAAAUAUCCAACUUAUGGUAUGUCAUUGUAUCGAACAGGACGAAAACUACGUGUUUCAGCAUUGCAUCCGAAAUUGCAAGCGGCAGGCGCUGCUUACGGCGAAGUGCUUGGCUAUGAGCGACCGUUGUUCUUCAAACCUGAUGAACUGGGAAAAAUCGACUUCGUCGAUCUCAGCAAACAAGGCUCUUUUGGUAAACCUCGAUGGUUUAAUACGGUCAUUAAAGAGUAUAAUGCUUGUCGACGAGGUGUAGCUGUUAUCGAUAUGACAUCAUUUACAAAAUACGAACUCAAAUCAGCAGACCGAAGUGUGGUUGAUUUUCUUCAAGUACUAUGCGCCGAUAAUAUCGAUAAACCAAUCGGUACCAUUGUACAUACGGGAAUGUUGAAUGAGCGAGGUGGCUACGAAAAUGAUUGUUCAGUUAUACGUCUCGAUGAUAAUCAUUUUCUUUUGGUAAGUCCAACAUCACAAUCAACUCGGAAUAUGAAGUGGUUGAAAGCGCACGUUCCUCGAAAUGGAUCAGUAUUUCUUUCGGAUGUUACCUCACUCUACACAGCUUUGAACGUCAUCGGUCCGAAAGCCAAAUUUUUACUAAGUGAACUAAGUGACGAGAAUUUCAGUGAUUUUGGACGAAUGACUUGCCAAGAAAUCGAUGUUGGUUUUGUCAGUCAUAUCUAUGCUAUGCGACUAACACAUACAGGCGAAGAUGGUUUCAUGUUAUAUAUCCCAUCUGAAUAUGCAUUAUGCGUGUACGACCUGUUAAUGGAGCAAGGUAAAGACUAUGGAAUUAUAAAUGCCGGUUAUUUCGCACAGCGUACUCUUCGAAUCGAACGGAUGUAUCCAUCAUGGGGGCAUGAUAUCGACAAGAAAACAACACCACUCCAUUUAAACCGAGAAUACCAUGUUUCAUUCGAUAAAAAUUUCAUUGGCAAAGAAGCGCUACUUAAACAACGAGCUGAAGGCAUUCACAAGCGCUUCGUUCAAUUUCAACUUGAAGAUCAUAAUCUUAAUUCAGAUCCAUGGCCGUGGAGUGAAGAACCAAUCUAUCGCAACGGUGAAUUCUGCGGAUUUGUUACAUCGGCAGCAUAUGGAUUUACAAUCGGCAAACAAAUCUGUUUGGGAUUUGUUCAUGCUCCUCGGUCGGAGAAAAUCACUCCUGAUUACAUUCGUGGUGCCACAUACGAAAUCGAUAUAGCAACAAAGCGAUUCAAAGCUCGGCCGAAUCUCUAUCCUCCAUCCGAAAUGGGUCCCACUGUUCAACUCGCCGCGAAUUACCCGUAA